CCACUAACUAACCAAAACACUGCGCAGUGCGCACUGCUGGGAAAUAAGUUUGACAAUUUAGCAGAAAAAUUACGAUUAAGAAACGAUUCGAGCCAACAACGGAAAAGCUAUUUUAUUGGGAAAACACAUGAUGGCGUUCUCCAGCUUUUCUAAUAGAGUUUUAUCUGUUGCGAGACGAUUCAGCACAUCUAGUAGUUGCAAAGGAUACAAUAAUCUCACGACAAUGAAGAAUGAUAUUAAAGGAGUAAGGAAAAUCACAAUGUCUAAUCCUAAAAAGAGAAAUGCACUGUCUUACCAGAUGAUGGAAGAUUUGAUAGACGACAUCUCGCUUAGCGAUGAUGAUCCUUCUCUCCGAUGCAUUGUGAUUGCCGCCGAGGGGCACGUUUUUUCUGCUGGACAUGACCUCAAAGAACUGUCUCAAAGUGGAAUGCCAGAAAAGGUAUUCGAGAUGUGUUCGAGCUUGAUGGCUGCCAUUAGAAAUAGUCCUGUCCCAAUUAUUUCCGUGGUGAACGGGUUGGCUGCGGCCGCAGGCUGCCAGCUUGCAGCUGCAUCGGACAUAGUGGUGUGUUCUGAGAAAAGUUCAUUCUCCACUCCAGGAGGAAAUUUUGGAUUGUUUUGCUCUACGCCGGGAGUUGCGUUGGUUAGAGUUGUGCCAAGGCAGUUUGCAAACUUGAUGUUGUACACUGGAGAGCCUAUUUCAGCGCAGCAAGCUGUGCAGAUUGGAUUAGUUGCCAAAGUUUGUGAAGAAAGUCAAUUAGACGAGGAAGUAAUAAAAAUUGCGAGCGCAAUAAUGCUAAAGCCAAGAGACGUGGUCGCCUUGGGAAAGAGAUUUUUGAACCAGCAAGUGGAAAUGGAUGUGAUUUCGGCCUUUAGACUGGGUGAGAAAGUGAUGGUUCAAAAUCUGGAAUAUGCAAAUGCUCAAGAGGGAUUGACCAGUUUUAUUGAAAAAAGAAAGCCACAGUGGAAGUAAACAUAUUUUGUGAUGAAUAAAUUUUUAUUAUGUGAAAAAGAGUA